AUCCAAACUAAAAUCCACACAAUCUGGUAACAACCCACCUUUAAUAAAAGGACUGGGAGAGUUGAACACGCGUCAACCCCACGAUAGUCAAGCACUCAGCAAGCCAGAAGAAGAACGGGUCAGCCUUUGGUGGUGUAUAUAUAUAACAUCUUCUUCAACAGCAGUUAAUUAACAUCAUAAAAUGGAUGCAGCAACGACAAUGGAUCAUGGUGGUGGCUGCAUAAUAAACCUAAGGAUUUUUGUGGUGGUAUUGCUGAUGACGAUGACCACCGUAGCUCAUGCUCAGGGUACCACUGACCCAGCCGAAGCGCGAGUCAUAAAUGAAAUGUUCAGCCAAUGGGGGAUACCGGAAACUUCAGGAGCACAGAUGGGAUGGAACCUUAGCGGAGAACCAUGCAGUGGUACCGCGGUCGAACAAGUUGACUUCGAAUCCCCUUCGUUCAACCCCGCCCUCAAAUGUGACUGUAAUUUCCCCAAUUCCACCUGCCACAUCAUCCAAAUAAAAGUUAUUGGAAUGAACGCUGCUGGUCCGAUCCCAGAAGGACUCUGGACUUUGACUUACCUUAUCAAUCUUAAUUUGAACCAGAACUACUUGACAGGCUCCUUGUCACCAUCCAUUGGCAAUUUAACUCGGAUGCAGUGGAUGACUUUUGGCGCUAACGCAUUAUCGGGGCCGGUUCCAGCAGAGCUAGGGCGGCUUACCGACCUUAGAUCGUUGGCAUUUGACACAAACAAUUUCAGUGGUUCCCUGCCACCAGAACUCGGAAAUUUGCGAAAAUUACAACAGCUUUACAUUGAUAGUUCUGGAGUUGGCGGUAAAAUACCUUCUACGUUUGCUAACUUACAGAAUUUGGUUACAGUAAGGGCUUCCGAUAAUGAAUUCACCGGGAGAAUACCUGACUUCAUAGGGAACUGGACAUUGUUAGAAUCCUUGAGAUUUAUGGGCAACUCUUUUAAUGGUUCAAUACCUCCUUCAUUUUCUAGACUCACCUCUUUGCAGGACUUGAGGAUAAGUGGUUUAUCUAAUGGAACUCUGGACUUCAUCAAGGAUUUGAAGUCGUUACGUGUUUUAGUUUUGAGGAAUAACCGAAUUUCUGGCACUAUUCCAACCGACAUCGGAGAAUAUCAAAAUCUGACACAACUGGAUUUGAGUUUUAACAAUUUGAGUGGGGAGAUUCCAAGAGAUUUGUUCAACUUGAGUCAACUCUCUUUCUUGUUUCUUGGAAACAAUAGCUUGUAUGGUACCCUUCCUGCCGUAAAGAGCGCAACUCUUCGUAAUCUUGAUUUUUCGUACAAUGAACUAUCCGGGACACUUCCUUCUUGGGUCAAUGAGCCAAACUUACAAAUUAACUUAGUCGUAAACAACUUCACAUUAGGAGAUUCGGGAAACAGCGGUUUGCCAUCAGGAUUGAAUUGCCUCCAAAGGAAUUUCCCUUGUGGGCGUGGGUCACCAAUAUAUAGUAGCUUUGCAAUCAAUUGUGGUGGUUCCGAAAUCACAUCGUCUAGUCAAAUAGUUUACGAUCAAGAAAACGAAACUCUUGGAGCGGCAACGUAUUAUGUGACUUCCGAAAGAAGGUGGGGAGUCAGCAAUGCCGGACAGAGGGAGAACCCGGCAUAUACAGCCUCGCUUGCACGUCAGUUCAACAGUUUAGAUUCAGCACUGUUUCAGACAGCACGAAUCUCUGCUGGAUCGCUAAGAUACUAUGGUUUAGGACUCGAGAAUGGUAACUACACUGUUAACCUCCAGUUUGCUGAAUUACAGAUAGAAGAUGGACCUACCUGGAGAAGCCUUGGAAGGCGCGUCUUUGACAUAUAUAUACAGGGAAACCGGGUGUUUAAAGAUUUCAACAUAAUAAAGGAAGCAGGCGGGGCCUCCUUUAGUCCUGUUUCAAGGCAAGCAACGGUUCGUGUUACAGAUAACUACCUUGAGAUUCAUUUAUUCUGGUCCGGAAAAGGGACUUGCUGUGUACCUACUCAAGGGGCUUUUGGACCUCUUAUCUCAGCAAUCAGUGCCACCCCAAAUUUCCGGCCCAGUGUGAGAAACACUCCAUUUUCCACAAAGAAGAAUAGGAAGAAUAGGACCGGUUUAAUCGUUGGGAUCUUGGUUCCCAUUGCAGUUGUUAGCUUUCUGUCACUAUUAGCUGUAUAUAUUUUUCGCAAGCGGAGCAAAAAGCAGGAUACUUCUGACACUUAUGAAGAGUUUGAGUUUUCGGGAAUUGACGCCAAACCAGAUACCUUUAGUUAUGGAGACCUGAGAGAUGCAACCAAUGAUUUUAGUCCUGAAAAUAAGCUUGGUGAGGGAGGAUUUGGACCAGUUUACAAGGGAACACUUGAUGAUGAGAGAGUAAUAGCUGUUAAACAACUCUCUGUAGCCUCUCACCAGGGCAAGACUCAGUUUAUUGCUGAAAUUGCAACAAUAUCGGCCGUCCAACAUCGCAACCUUGUCAAAUUAUACGGAUGCUGCAUUGAAGGAGACAAACGACUUCUUGUUUAUGAGUAUCUUGAGAACAAGAGUCUUGAUCAAGCACUAUUCGGAAACAAGAGGCUAUCUCUUAGUUGGGCCACCCGGUUUGACAUAUGUCUUGGGAUAGCACGCGGUCUUUCAUAUCUGCAUGAGGAAUCUCGGAUACGGAUUAUACAUCGAGAUGUCAAAGCUAGCAAUGUUUUACUCGAUUCCGAUCUCAAUCCUAAGAUCUCAGAUUUUGGUUUGGCCAAACUUUAUGAUGACAAGAAAACACACAUGAGUACUCGCGUUGCAGGCACAAUUGGGUAUUUGGCACCGGAGUAUGCAAUGCGCGGACACCUUACAGAAAAAGCGGAUGUGUUUAGCUUUGGAGUUGUAGCUCUAGAGAUUAUUAGUGGAAGGCCUAAUUCUGAUUCAACUUUGGAAGAUGAGAAAGUAUAUCUUCUUGAAUGGGCAUGGAACCUACAUGAAGCUAAUAGUGAACUAGAGUUGGUGGAUAAAGAACUGUCUGAAUUUGAUGAGAAUGAAGUAAAAAGAGUGACGAGAAUCGCCCUUUUAUGCACCCAAACCUCACCGAUGCAAAGACCACCAAUGUCCAAGGUGGUGGCAAUGCUUUCAGGAGACGUGGAAACAAGAGCUGUGAUUACUCGGCCUGGGUAUUUGGUCGGUCUUGAUUUUGAAGAUGAUACAACGACCUUUAGAAGUGCUCUUCCAACUUCAGUUACAGAUCAUGUGCCAAACACAAGUCACUCCACUGUUUAAUAAAACUCACGUAAUAAUGCUACUAGACCGAUACUUAAUGAUAUCAUUUGAGGAGGUUAGUGAUAAUGACGAGGUUUUCUUGAUUAGUUCUCGUUGUACUAUCAUGUUUUAGCUUUGUAAUCAAAGACAAA